AUGGCGAUCUCUGAGGAAGCAAAGUCACUGGCGGCAUUUGAGCCGUCCGCCUUUGGCGCAAUCCAUGCAGAGUUGCAGGCGACUUUCAGCUCGGGCAAGACCAAGGCGAUUGCCUGGCGGAAGUGGCAGCUCAAGCAGUUCUGGUGGAUGGUCGAGGACAACGAGCAGGCCAUACUGGAUGCUCUGGCGGCCGACCUGGGACGCCACGAGAUGGAAGGUCGGGCGGCCGACCUGUUGGGUCUCAAGAGCGACAUCCUCGAGCACCUCGGGCAUGUGGACGAGUGGGCGGCGACGACGCGUGUGGCCGACGCGGGCCUGCUCUUUGGCGGCCUCGGGCGUGCACGUCUGCGCAAAGAGCCGGUCGGUGUGGUCCUCGUGAUCGGGGCAUGGAACUUUCCCUUUUUGCUGACGCUGCAGCCGGUGAUAGCAGCCAUUGCAGCCGGCUGUUGCGUCGUGAUGAAGCCGUCCGAGCUGGCGCCGGCAUCAGAGCGCGUCAUGGCCGACCUGGUGCACCGCUACCUCGACCGAUCGGCUGUGCGGCUGGUCCGAGGAGGCCCUGAAGAGACUACUGCCGUCCUGCAGCGGCGGUUCGACCACAUCUUCUUUACUGGCUCGUCCACGAUCGCCCGCUUCGUCACCGCCGCUGCUGCUCGACACCUCACGCCCACGACGCUCGAGCUUGGCGGCCAGUGUCCGGCCAUCGUUGCCCAGACGGCCGACGUCGAUCUCGCUGCCCGGCGCAUCGCCUACGCCAAGUUCCUCAACGCCGGCCAGAUCUGCCUCUCGGUCAACCACGUGCUCGUGCACCCGGCCGUCCAUCACGCCUUUCUCGCCCGCCUCGAGCACUGGACCCGCACGUUCGCCGCCUCUGGCCACAUGUGCCGCAUCAUCUCAGACCGACACUACGACCGGCUCGCGCGCAUCCUCGACAGCACGCAGGGAACGGUCAUCCGCACGGCCGAAAGCUCGAGAGAAGAGCGAAGACUGGCGUCUGCCAUCGUCUCCAACGUGACCAUGUCUGAUCCGGUCAUGAGCGAAGAACUGUUUGGCCCUAUAUGCCCCGUGUUGAAGACCGAUACCGUAGAUGCGAUUGCCGCCGUCAAUAGCCUUCCACGACCUCUGGGCCUGUAUAUUUUCAGCGCGGACAAGGCGGAAAUCGAGACAAUCCAGAACCAGACGCUUUCCGGUGGUCGACCAUCAACGAUGCCACUAUGCACGCCGGAUGUCCAGGGGCUCCCUUUGGCGGUGUUGGGGAAUCUGGAAUGGGCUAUUACCAUGGCAAGUACGGCUUUCUGGCCUUUACACACCUACGUACCGUGGUUGAGCUGCCUACCUAUCUGGACAGGGUCCUGUCGUUUCGUUAUCCGCCCUACAACACACGCAACAAGAGCUAUGUUGCCGUGA